CCUGCAACGCCAAUUGGAUUUGAUGGUCUUGUACUUCCACCUUCUUGAACCGAAUCAUCUUGACUCUUGCCAAGCUAUCGCUAAGUCCUGGAGUCUCGAGAGGAACAUCGAACAUUACAGCAAUGUGACUGCUGUAACUACUUACAUCGAGAUGUUGGAGCACCAGUGGAUACUCCCACGUGCGGUACCCUUCUCGCUUCUGCAAGCCGAGCACAGAUUCGAAGCCGUCACCUUAUACAAUGUGCUUAUCUCUGCUAAGGACUACGACACAUUCUACAAGACCGCUGUUUACGUUAGGGAUCUCGUCAACGAGAACCUCUUCGCUUACGUGCUCAGUAUAGCUAUUCUGAACCGCCCUGACACCCAAGGCAUUUACAUCCCUCGCCUUCCUGAAGUCUUCCCGUCAUACUUCUACAACGGUGAAAUUAUGACAACCGCUCAGAGGAUUAACACCCAUGGCCAAAACAUGGUUGAGCACUACCCUUCAACCUACAAAUGGGACAACAAUGUGGUGAUCAGGUGGAAUGCUACGAUCUGGCCUUACUUAAGAAGCGAAACCAUGCCUCUUGCUUACUUCACUCAUGACUUCAGCCUAAACACCUUCUACUACAACCUCCAUCUUGCCCAACCCAGCUGGCUGCACAGUGAAGUUCUUCCAGUGAACAAACACAGGCGUGGAGAAUGGUUCUGGUUCUUGCACAAGCAGAUCCUUACUCGUUACUACAUGGAGAGACUGUCUAACGGACUCGGUGAAAUCCCCGAGCUUGGCCACGAGAUUGUUCAGUACGGUUACGCUCCAGGUCUUUUGUACCACAAUGGCGUGCCCUUCCCUGCAAGGCACAACUACUUCAACUUGGAUCAGCCCCAGCUCGUUAAUGAAAUCCAAGAAAUCCUCGACUACGAGCGCCGUAUUCGUGACGCCAUCGACCAGGGUUACGUUGUUAACCACCUUGGUGAACACAUUGACAUCUGCGCUCCUGAGGCUAUCGAAAUCUUGGGUAGCAUUAUUGAGGCUAACGUUGACUCUCCUAAUGCCAAAUACUACAAGGACUUCAUCAGCAUCUGGAAGAAGGUUUUGGGCAACUCUAUUGUUCAAGAAAACCAGUACCACAACAACUACGUCCCUCUGGUUGUUCCCUCGGUUUUGGAGCACUACCAGACUGCUUUGCGUGACCCCGCGUUCUACAUGAUCUGGAAGCGUGUCUUGGGACUGUUCCAAAUGUGGCAGGAGAAACUUCCUCUGUUCAAGAAAGAAGAACUGGCUCUUCCCCAGGUGGCCAUCCAGAAGGUCGAUGUAGACAAGCUGGUGACAUACUUCGAAUACACUUACUUGAACGUCUCUUCUCACCUGCACAUGAACCAGGAUGAAGUUAAAGGUUACUACGACCAAGUCAGCGUGUUGGUACAGCAACCCGUCUUGAACCACAAGAGGUUCCAAGUUCGCGUGAACGUUAAGAGCGAGGUCGCUAAGACCGUUCUCGUCAAGUUCUUCUUGGCGCCCAAAUAUGACAGCCAAGGCUAUGAGAUCCCUCUUCACAUCAACACCCAGAACUUCAUGCAGCUGGAUGAGUUCACGUAUGACCUUCCUGCGGGCGAAUGCACAAUUACUCGUGAUUCCGUUGACACCUCUGGCAAGAAGUGGGUGUCCGGUAUCGAGAUAUAUGAGGCGGUUGAGAAGGCCGUGCAAGGCAAGGGACAGUACACCAUCGACCCGAACAUGGAGAAACUCGCCGAUCAUCUUAUGCUGCCUAAGGGUCGCGUCGGAGGCAUGCCGUUCGUCCUGAUGGUCUACAUCUCAGAAUACCACGCCCCGAAGGUUGCUCCCGAACAAGUCUCGUACCCAGCUUUGUCUCUUGGCCUGUCUCCCGUUAUUCGCCAACUGACCGACGAGCCAUUCGGCUUCCCAGUCAACAGGCCUCUUCACCCAUGGCAGGUGGAGGGAGUCAAGAACUUAUUGGCACAGUUGACAGCGGCUUCGAAAACCAUGAAGACUGUCUUGUUCCUAGCAGGGCUCGUCGCUCUGGCGAUGGGCGGCGCCGUCCCCCACCAUGAGCUCAAAACGAAGCCUGUUGAUGCUCAGUUCGUUGGCUACCAGAAGAAGAUUCUGUCACUCUUCGAACACUCUCAACAACUGGACCUGCACUCUGAAUACUACAAAGUUGGCAAGGACUACAAUGUUGAGGCUAACAUUGACAACUACACAAACAAGCAAGCUGUCCAACAGUUCCUCGAGUUGUAUAGAACUGGAUUCCUGCCCAAGUUCCUCAAGUUUUCAAUCUUCUAUGAGAGGAUGAGGGAUGAAGCUAUUGCCCUAUUCCAUCUUAUGUACUACGCUAAGGACUUCGAAACCUUCUGGAAAACCGCCGCCUGGGCCAAGGUUUGGCUGAACGAGGAGCAGUUCUUAUAUGCGUACUACAUUGCUGUGGUCCAGAGGUCUGACUUGGAUGGUAUCGUUCUCCCAGCGCCUUACGAAGUUUACCCACAGUUCUUCUUGAACAAGAACAUUCUGACUAAGAUGUCCGUCAUCAAAAUGCAGAAUGGACUGUUCCAAUCUGAUUUUGCUGCUCAAUACGGCAUUGUCAAGGAAAGCGACUACUACGUGUACUAUGCCAACUACUCCAACGCGUUGACUUACCCCAACCAGGAACAAAAACUGUCAUACUUCACUGAAGAUGUAGGCUUGAACGCUUACUACUUCUACUUCCACUCACAAAUGCCCUUCUGGUGGAAGUCCGAGAAAUACAACCUAUUGAAAGAUCGUAUGGGUGAAAUUUUCUUCUACUACUACCAGCAACUUCUGGCCCGUUACUCCCUGGAGCGUCUUCCUCAUGGAUUAGGCGACAUUCCUGAAUUCUCCUGGUACUCUGAAUUCAAGACUGGUUACUACCCUCAAUUGUCUGCAAACUUCUUGCCCUUCGCUCAAAGGAGUAACAACUACAACAUCCACUCUGAGAAGAACUACGAAUACAUCCGUUUCCUGGACACCUAUGAAAAGACGUUCUUCCAAUUCUUGCAGAAGGGAGAAUUCAAGACCCCUGAGAAGGAAAUGAACUACGUCGGCAACUACUGGCACAUGAACUCAGACCUGUACUCCGAGAAGAGCAACAAGGACUUGCACCAGUACUCUUAUGAGAUCAUCGCCCGUCACGUGCUCGGCGGUAGCCCCAAGCCUUUUGACAAGUACUCAUUCAUGCCCACCGCCCUUGACUUCUACCAGACUUCUCUCCGUGACCCCGCCUUCUACCAGCUCUACCAGAGAAUCGUCGACUACCUCGUCGCCUACAAAGAAUACGUCAAACCUUACUCUCACAACGACCUUCACUUCGUCGGUGUUAAGAUUAAUGAUGUGAAAGUCAGUGAGUUGGUUACUUACUUCGAUUACUUCGACUUUAACGCCACAAACAGCGUGUUCUACAGCCAGGAAGAGCUCAAAGCUUACCCAACAGAAUUCAUUGUUCGUCAACCUCGCCUGAACCACAAACCAUUCACUGUAUCUGUUGACUUGAAGUCUGAUGUAGCCUCUGAUGCUGUUGUCAAGAUCUUCAUUGGACCCAAAUACCACCCCAACGGAUACCCAAUCAACAUUGAAGAGGACUGGAUGAAAUUCUACGAACUGGACUGGUUCGUACAGAAGCUUGCCCCAGGAGAGAACAAGAUUGAGCGCAAGUCCAGCGAAUUUGCGUUCUUCAAGGAUGACUCUAUCCCGAUCAACGAGAUCUACCAGUGGUUAGACCAAGGCAAGGUUCCCUACGACAUGUCUGUUGUGCCCGACAACAUGCCUAGGAGGCUGAUGCUGCCGAAGGGUACCCCUGGUGGUUAUCCAUUCCAGCUGUUCGUGUUUGUGUAUCCAUUCAACGGAGUUAAGAAGGGAGAAGACGUGUUCCAGAACUACCUUGCUGACAACAAGCCCUUCGGAUAUCCGUUCGACCGCCCCGUGCGGGAAGCUUACUACAGGCAACCCAACAUGUACUUCGAAGAUGUACAGAUCUACCACAAGGACGCGUAUUUACCUUACGAGAUGAACGUUCCCUCUUAUUUCAGCCAGAAGAAGCAGUAAGGUGAUAAAUAGUUCAUAAACUCGUUUAUAGAAUUAUUUCAUCAUAUUAAUGUAGAACAAAAUGUACAAAAGAUACGAGUAAAAGAGAAAUAUGUAUUUAAAUAAAUAUAUUAUAUAAUUAAAA